UUUGUAUUAUGCUAAGUCGUGCACUAUCAAAACACGCCAUGGAAAAUAGUGACAAUGAAAACUUCUUAGAGUUCGUAAACUUUAUCAGAUGUGCGAAAAUGUGUAUUAUGGAGCGAUGUGGUUGGAGCAAAUGAAGUGUAAAAGAUAGUGGGGUGUUUAUAAUACUUAUCGUGUAAACAAUAACCGAGGGAUAUGGAGCCUUUCAAUCAAGGAAAAGAGGCAUCGGUGGUUAAAGCGAUGAGAACACUCAAGAUUAAAGACAGCAAACUCGCCAGCGUGAUUCUAAAGGAUAAUGUUGUUGAAGAGUCAAAACUCGGAAACGAGCUUGAAAUGAUUGCGCAUUUUAAGGGAAAGCAGCAGCGGAAGAUAGAUUGCGAAAAGGAACGCUUUCUCGCUAGGUAUAAGCGAAGAAUGUUGCGUAAAAGUCAUUCGUCGUCAUCUUUUUUCGAGCCUGAAAACCAACGGACAUGCUUAUUUCCUCCUAUUAAACCAGGCCGAGUUUGCCUUGCCUCUAGACGAGAUAUUGUUAAAACAAACUCGGCACCGAACUAUACGAGACGUUCACGACACAGACUCACAGAAUCUCGAGUAAACAAAGCUCAGGAAUGUUAUGACACUGAGAUAUUUACAAAGUCUCGAGUAGACAACACUCAAGAAAAUGAGUGUACAGUUGACAAGGAUUUUGAAAGGCAGGGAACAGAACGUCCUGCGGAACGAGAAAACAAAAUCAAUGAACAUCAAGGGGGAGAGAUUGCAGAGUCUCUUCUAAUGAAGUCGUCGGAAAAGUGCAACGGGGCAACAGGAAAUUAUAACAAUGAUGAGUGUUUGACAACAAGUUCUAAACCAUCUAAAACAGCACUCAAAAGAUGGAAGAAAGCUGUAGAGAAAACAAUGGUCAGUCAAAGUAGAACAUCAGAUGGACUUCCUGUGAAUUCUGGAAAUGGUACAAAAGAUCCUCGCUUUGUCCAGUUAGUAAGGCAGCUUGUUCCAACCUUGGAGUACGGCCAAUCACUGAAAUACACCGAAAAGGACUUGUUAGAUAAAAAGAAAAAUGAUACUAGGGACGAGAAAGCGUUUAGGGACAAACAAAAGACGCAGAAUGCAAACCAGACGCUUUUCAAGCUUGCUCAGCAGGCACAAUUGUACAAGGCGAAACUUUCAACGGACGCUAGUCUUGAUGGAACAGGAGCCACUGAAGACACGUAAAAGCAGCCCUAAAAUCAUACACUGAAAGCAGCAUUGAGCCCUCAAAAAGCAUAGAGAAGUAAGCACUGAGCCCUAAAAAAGCAUAAGGGUAAAAACAGAGGUUGAAGCCCUAAAAAAGCAUGGAGGUGAAAGAAGAGCAUAGUCCUCAAAAGGAAAAGAGGAAAAGAGUAUAAAUGUGAAAACAGAGGUUUAAGCCCUACAAAAGCAUAGAGGUGAAAGUAGAGCAUAGUCCUUAAAAGGAAAAGGGUAAGAAAGAGAUGGAAACAGAUCUUAAAAGCUCUCAAAAAGGAAAGAGGUGAAGACAGAGCAUCGAGCCCUCAAAAAGCAAUGUACAUCUUUCCUGCAAACGCCAGAAUGAUAUGUGGUCGCCAAAUAUCCUCCAAUAAAUGUUAAGUUUGUGGAAUAAAGAAGAUUAAAGUUGAAACACUUCUACAAAAAAAAACUAGAAAAAUAAGAGGUUUCCAUUCUUUUUGUUGGAAGUUGGAACUCCUUUUCCGAAUCUUUAAAACUGUAUGAUAUAAUGAACGUACUUUUUGUUAUGAUCGACCAAUAUUUUAUAUUACGGGACUAGACAAUUAUAGUACAGUGGUUUUAUUUAUUCAAAUAAAUACAGUUAGAGUA